AUUAUUCAUCAUACAUAUUGUAUAUCAAUUAGUUUAAACUAAUUAUGUGGCAAUAAUAAAAAAUAUAUAAAUAUCCUAAAAAUGGAAAGAAGAACUGAUUUAGAAUCGGUAAUUAAUUCGCAGAAGGAGCAACUUUCUCGCUAUGAAAAAAGGUUGAAAGACAUUAUAACAGCUUACAAGGGGCUACUUAAAGAAAAAGAAGCGCUCGAAGCCAGCUUAACAGCCAUACUAAACAAAAAAGAUGAUAAAAAUCUGGAGCCAUUGUCAUCUGGCAAUUCAAGAGAUGCCACUGAAGGGCAAACUAAAAGUUCAGAGGCCUCAAAAACAGAUGUCGACUUAGAAUCUGAUGAUCAAUUUUCCCUGCAGGGCCAAAUAGCGACACUUAUGAAUUCUUUGGCCACUUUGUCUGCUGAAAAAUCUCGGAUGGAAGCGUCGUUUCAAGCCGACAAAAAAGUAUUGCGUGCCCAUCUUCAACAAAAGGAACAAACGAUAAAUGAAUUGCAGGCUACAAUAAUGAAAAAUGAAGAGAUGGCAAGAGCUGAUGUCGAUGAAUUCAAGGCCAAGUUAAUAAUUGAGCGACAGGAACGAGAAAAAGAAACCAACAACCAAAUGCUAAUGAUACGAGAGCUUCAAAAGCUGUAUGCCGAUGAGAGACAUCUUAAGGAGAGCAUAGAGAUGCAGUUGAACAACUUUAAAAUGCAAUUUGCUAGCAAUGAAGCUGAAAAUAAGCGAAUAACAGAACUACAAUCCCAAUUGAAAGAAGCUAGAACCCAACUCAAACAGUUGAAUGACCAGAAAAGUGGCGUAGACCAUUCUUCAUCAGUCAGCCAAAACAGUUCAGUAUUAUUGAAACAACUUCAAAGGGAAAUGCAACAAUUGAAAGAACAUCAUGCAAUUGCAAUUAAAAACGAACAACACCGAGUUCAACUGGCAGAAGAACAAUCACGAAAACUUGCUGUCUUACACGAGAACCGUGUAGCGAAUCUUGAGUCUAGAUUGGCGGAAUUAAGUACAUCCGUAGGAACAUACGAUCGCUUAAGACAACAGGACCAAGAAUCUAUACAACUAUUGAAGACGCAAAUACACGAUUUAGAAAAGAUGACUUCUGAACAUUCCAACAAGACACAAUUAGAAGGACCGCCCUAUGAAAUUUAUUACAACGAUAAAAGACUCAAAAGAGCAAAACCGACUAAUAACGAUAUAGCAAACAUAGUUGAAAAUAUUAUGCAUUUGAAGAAAAUCCUCUUACAGGCGAAUAGCCACUCAACAAAUCCGAUUGAUUUGACAAACAUUUUCUCGGUUGGCACCGACCAUUCUCAAUGCGAAGAGGAAAUUGCAAGAGCUUCACAACAACUCGAAGCUUCAAAAAUUCAAGUCUCCGAAUUUGAAAAGAAAUUGAAGCAGCAAAAAGACCAUAUAACCACAUUGCAGGAAAAGGUCAAGGACUUAAAUCGCAACAUAGACGAACAAGAUUUAGAGUUGAAAAAUUAUAACGAGAAAUUACGAGUGGCAGUAAAAGAAGAGCGUACCAAAUGGCAAACCUUACAUGCUGACACGGAAAAUGAUUAUCGUUGCAAGCUGAACGACUUGGAGCAGCAGUUGCAAAAACAAAGGCAACGCUCUCUACAACUACUCGAUGAAAAGGAGCAGGAGAUUAAAGCUUUACAAACAUCUUUCGAAAUCUUCCAUUCCAGCAGCCAGCCCAAUAUCAGCACGGCUACGUCGAAUGUCUCUAAAAACGAUACCAACAACGCGACAUCAUCUGAUGGAGAAACAUUUGAUGAUGUAGUGCAAGACCACCAAACAACUUACAAAAAAUCAUCAAACAUCAAGGCCAAAAAACUAUCAGUGGGCGAUAGUUGUCAUAUGUUACAUUAUGCCAAUGAAAUCGCACGCAAAGACAUUGAGAUAGCAAAUUUAAGAAAAUCUAAAUAUCAAGCAGAAACUUCGAUGCGUAAAGCUAUACAUGAAAAAGUCACCGCCCAAGAAGAACUUAACAAUAAAAUUGAAAUACUUGAAGAGCAAGUCGAUAGACUUGAGCGAUGUAAGUCACGGGAAGGUGCGAAUUUGGAGUAUUUGAAAAAUGUUAUUAUCAGUUACAUUGUGUCCAAAGACACUGAUGGAAAACGGCAUAUGAUGAAUGCUAUAAGUGCUGUACUACAGUUUACACCCCAAGAGACAAAAAUCAUCAACGAAGCGUUUAACAAGAAAUAACAUUAAUUAUUUAAUUUCAUCGAUUUUUAAAAUCUUAUUGUAAAAUAAAUUUAAAUGUAUCUAAUACACACAUGUAA